ACCCAACUAGGGAAAAUUAAUUUAAUCUUGGGCUGGAUCUGGCUAUUUAAACACAAUCCUGAGAUCAACUGGCAGACAGGGGUUGUCACAUUGUCACAUUGCCCUCAAGAGUGUAAAAACUUGGGUAAACUCAGUUAUGUCCGUCAAACUGAGCGUCUUGAAAAGAUAAACACUGGUCACAUUUAUGAGCUUAGAUCUUUAGAAAAGAUUGACAAUGACAAUGACGAAGUAAAACCCGAGGAAGAGAUUAAGAGGCUGGUACCUCCCGAGUACCAUGACUUCUGGAAAGUCUUUUGA